AAAUGACCGCUGACCAUCAAAAAAGCUUGGCUAUUAGUAGUAUGUAUCGUAUAUUGUUAUUGCUACCAUGAAAGUCACUCAAUCUCUCCCUUCCCAUCCACUUCCAGUGUUGUUCUGAUCGAUCUACCGGCUCAAGCGGUAUAAUCCAUUUUCCGUGUAAACUCUUUUUCAAAGGAGGUUCCAAAGGAGGUUCCAAUCUUACUCCAACCUGUCAAUUAUGCAUAGGGCGCUGAUAUCCCUUUCAAUCGGUGAUUCUGACAAACCGUCUUUCUCCCCCUUCGUUCCCCCACCAAUUCAACGUCUUUCCCUACCCCCUUCCAGUGCAAGUAAAUCUUCCCCAAAUUCGACUCCCCCCGCCCUUCCCCGCCCAAAGAAGUCUCAGGCGCCCACUAAGUCUCCUUCUCCCGUCGCAGGUCCAUCAAAUUGUAACGCAUCUGCUAUCUUUCCUUACCUCCACCGCCUCGAAAUUCACGACGAUAUGGCUUCUCGUCGACAACAGAGACCUCUUCUCGUACUCAAGCUGUCCUCUCCUUCCUUCCUAGAUUCCGUUGCUACGGACGUAGUAGCUGAAACGCCUCUAUAUUCAGUAGAAACAGUAGGAUCUUCAACUACCGUCUGGCGCUCAGAUCCUUGGGGUACAUCUGUCACUAUUGCAGACAUACGUUGGCCCAAAGACAUCCCUCUCAAGGGUAAGGGAAGGGAUACCCACGGUUCCCUCAUACAGAUGGGUGAUCCUCGCUGGAAAGACACCGACAGCUAUCUCAAGUAUGGCAGCCUCAGAAGCUCACGCAAAUUCAGCUUACCAAACCAUCCCCAUGUGUUAAAGUGGAAGCGAACAGGUCGCACAUAUCAGUGCACAACUUCAUCCUCCAGAGGUCCCAUCGCAUCCCUUGAUGCAUCACAAGACGAAGAAAACACUCCACGACUCAAAGUAUUCGAGACAAUCGGUCCAAUCCACCAAUCAGUUCCCCAAGUAGAACACGCUGGAAUAUCCCUUUCCCUACUUGAUAACCUCUUUGUCACCGCUCUAUUACUCGUCACAGAACCUGACGAUUGGAUGACUUUAAGGCACAACCCCGAUACUCCAGCCACAGAUUCCGUAUCCCCUCCUAAAUCAUCCGCCCCUGCAUCUGCGCGUCAGUGGCGCAAAAUCAUGUACGGCGAGCCCCUCUACCCCUCCCUCAAGACCCCCGCUGUCGACACUCGCUGCAAUGAGGAUGCAGAUGUUCUUGAUAUCUCCGGGGCAGCGCCCCUUCCCACAUCUGUGAAGCAAUGGCGCAAAAUUGUAUAUGGCGAACCUCUUUACCCAUCGCUACGACCUCAUAGUGCAGACGGUCUUGACCUACCUUCACGCCCAGACACCGCAUGGGAUACCGCUAGCAUCUCUUCCGAGUCCGUAUGCUAUCCCGCAACCCCUUCUUCUGCCCCAUCCACUGGCUUCUAUACAUCCACAUUCUUCGACGAAUCAGAAAGAACAGUUCCGAGAAUCGACACAAAUGGACGAUAUUCAGCCCCCCUUAGCUUCUCCCCUGCUACAAUAUCACCGAUUCCCGCAUCUGAUUGCAUGCCAUUAUCAUCACAGCCUUCCCCCUCGCCACGUGCGGGUACCCGGCGAGAGCUCCCCGCACCGCCGUCCGCAUGGCAUGGUCACCCGCCGCCUGGGUCACAGCCGUGGCUUCACAGAUCGAGAUCGUCACCCCGAUUGUCGUGUAUGCUACCCACGACAAUCAAGCACUCUCAGUUGGUCACAGAAGACGGAGUCCUUGUCCCAUCAACACCGCUAGAUGGCGAUGAGGAUCGUCCAGCCGAAACGCCCCCGUCGCGCAGCCGUGCUCUUUCUUCGGGGUCAGUCGUUCGCCGCCGACUACCCACCGUCCCCUCAACCCCCACAUCCCCAAUCAGCUCACCUCCUCCCCAGACGAAACGCCUCUUCAACUUUGGACGUACACUUCCCCCAACGCCUGUAUCCAUACCUCGCUCACCCUCUGCUGGGCAUCGUUACACGCAUUCGUCCAACAUCAUCUCCCGAACACCAUCAUCAGCGACGAUGCCUGCGCGGCCAUCAACUGCACAGCAACCGCGUAGGAAUCGUCCAGAGAAGGAUCCUGAUGAGGUGCUGGGGUGGGUACGCAACGUUACGCGAGCUCACCACCACCGACGUGCCCUCGACUGCGAUGAGCUCGAGCACCGCCCCGGGUGCCCAGAAGAAGCUCCGCCGCCGGCGUACAACGCCAUUGACUUCUCAAAGCCCCCUCAGUCCCGUGCACUACCCAAUCCCAGUUAAACUCCUUCCUUCUGUCUAUGGAUAUAUCAUACGUGACGCAAAUAAUGAAUAGACGUCUUUUACCCGCAAUGAAGCCUUGAUCGGUCCCUUCACGGAGAUCUUUGCAUUUAAUUCCACCUAGGAUC